UUUUUUUUCGACAGUGAUGGAAAAGUCACUGCACUGAAGCUGUUGCCAGAAGUAGACAGAAUUGCGACAGUAGGGGCAAUGUCGCAAGUGUAGUAGGUUAGGUUGGUAGCCAGCAAGAUGACAUGUUGAUAGCCGCCCACAUUGGGUACUGCUCGAAUGUGAACGUCAUUGCAACUAUUUAAAGAUAUCGAUAGUGUGUCCGUCAUGACAUUGUUUCCCGUGCUCAUUUUGGUUGUGAAACAAUUUCGCGUUGAGGAGCCUGUGUGUCAGAUGUGAUGUCACCGCUAGCAGCCUGUAUUUUAGCAUCGUGGGACGUGUAAAAUGUAAGCAGACAACAACGGGGCUCGUUUGUGUUUGUAUCCCAAAUAGCCAACUACGGUCGCGCUUGAGGUAGUUUCGAAGAGACGAACAUUUUUCGAGAUUGCAUGCGGAUAUCGGUCUUGUGUCAUCAGAACAUUUUUUUUGUGUGAGAGGAGUGUGUUCGUCUCCCUUGUGAGGAAGUGGGAUGUGGCCAGAGUGUAUUAAUGUUGCCGACGAAGAUAUGAAAAUCAUUGUAGCAGUGCUUUUGGAGCCUCGCUACAUUGUAAAUACUAGGUUAGACUUGGUGCUUAACGCGAGCCCAUUUGACGAAUUCGAUGAAGACAUCCGUCGGUGUUCGAAAUCGUGCUGGGGCCGCUCUGAUUACAUAAUAUCAACAUGUGAAUUAUAGAUUGGUUUUAUUUUAUUUUUUUGAAAACCAUUGAUUUGCUAAUGUCAACUCAACGUCAGACAGUGGACUCAUCUUUAGCUUUGGGAAGACUGGAAAUCAAUAGUCCCAUGCUAAACCUGGGAACUUGCCUCUCCGGUUCAGUGAAAGAGAAGACCGCUCAGGGAGGAUCGCAGGCGGCGCACCUGAACGGAUGUGUGCCACUCUCCCAUCAGGUGGCGGGUCAUAAGUAUGGCGUUGAUAAAGUAGGCAUAUUGCAACAUCCUGAUGGCACAGUACUCAAACAGCUCCAGCCCCCUCCCCGAGGUCCUAGAGAGAUGCAGUUCUACAGCAUGGUCUACGCCGACGACUGCUGUGAUCCGUGUCUGUUGGACCUUCAGCAUCACCUCCCCAAAUACUUUGGCGCCUGGUCCUCUCCUGAAUCUCCUAACGAGCUGUACCUGAAACUUGAGGAUGUCACUCGGCGGUUCCAGAAGCCCUGUAUUAUGGACGUGAAGAUAGGCCAGAAGAGCUACGACCCCUACGCCUCCUACGAGAAGCGGGACCAGCAGAUCAAGAAGUACCCGCUAAUGGAGGAGAUUGGCUUCCUGGUUCUCGGAAUGAGGGUGUACAAGGUGAACCCUGACGGCUAUGACUCGUAUGACCAACAUUACGGACGAGGCCUCCUCAAGGACACCGUCAAAGACGGUUUAUCAAAAUUCUUCUAUAAUGGGACGAGUCUGAGGAAAGACGCCAUCACUGCCAGUAUCCUGAAGGUCCAGAACAUCCUGAGAUGGUUCGAGGGCCAGAUCCAGUUAACCUUCUAUGCCAGCUCCUUGUUGUUUGUAUACGAGGGCCUGCCUCCUCCCAACCCGGAGGGCCACAUCCCCAGGGGCCUACCAGAGAAGAGCCCGUCUGCCGCCUGCUGCGAGCCCAAUGAGGACGUACUGGAACACAACAACAACGUCUGCGCUGCCGUGCCGCUCGACUACAGCCUGUCCACCAUGUAUGCCAUGCACAAGAAGGGCUGCACCCGGGGUCACCAUGGCAACGUCACAGCCACCGGCGGCAACGCCACGACAGACCCCAACCCCCAGGCGCACAAUAGCACAUGGAAGUGCCCAGGUCUGGUGUCGUCGGAGCAGCCCAACGGCAACGGUGUCAAAGCACGACUGGAAGAAGAGGAAGUUGGGGAGGGAGGCCGGGGGGAGCCACAGCCAGAGCAGAGGGCCAGUGAAGUGGAGGUGAGGAUGAUUGACUUUGCUCACGUCUUCCCCAGCGAGAGCCAGGACCAAGGCUACAUCUAUGGCCUGAAACACUUGCUGGAGGUGCUGCAGCAGAUCCUCCACCAAUGACCUUCUUUCUCCAGUGGUUUGUCUUGUCUCUCAUUGGUCAAGUGUACCUAAUCUGUGUUUUACAGUCCCAGUCCCUCGCCCCGUGAUUCACUGCACUAUAUGCACUAUAUCAAUGAAGUCAUUUCUCCAUAACUCUUUGUCCGACAUAUGUGCUUCUUGAUUCUUAACCACUGUUAACAGGUAUCUAACUCAGGUAAACUACUGUAAUCAAUACUCAAGUGAUUAUCCCUAAAGAGUACCCUCGUUUUGUUGGCUUGCGUAUGAUAUGUUUGUUUUUUAUAUAAUUAUAUAAUUAUAAUUUUUAUAUAAUUAAGUGUAUGUCUUUUUGUUUUAUUUCUGAUCCUUUUGUCUUUUUAUUUGUCCCAGAAUGAUUUGUAUUUAUCCAUUUUAAGUUAUACUCAGUAGAGGGUAAGUACAUUCAGCAUUGCUGUUCUCUAUCUAGCUAUAUGUUUUGCUUCCAAAUUGCCUUACCUGAUCUUCUUAACUUCUUAACCUGUAUCUUUGCAGUGGUACUUGUUCAUGAUUGACUUUCAAGAUUAUAUUAAUCUCAGAAAACAAGAACUAAAGUCUUGUUUAGUUGUGUCAGAUGCUCUGUGAAGUUCUCGGGGGAGAUGUUAAAAGAUACUAACAUGACUGGUG